AUGCGUCGCCAGAAGUGGGGGAGUAUUCUUCACAAGUGCCUCCUGCGUCUUGCCGCCUCUCGCGCAUGGUCGACCUCCUCGGCCCCCUCUCGACUGCUCCUGGCGGUCGGGUUGCGAUGUGAAGAGCAGUGGAAGUACAGGAUGGCGUUGAGGAGGGAGGCAGUGACGGAGCACAUCCCACAAAGCCUUCGGAGGACGAGGCUGUUCCUGUCUGACGGCUUGAUGCACUUCGAGGACGUCGAGCGGUACCAGGAAGGGACGAACAUGUAUGCCGUGCUGGAGAAGAAGAGCUGGGAACUGCGGAUCGGGGAGGAGGAGUUGGAGACAGCAGAGUCGAAGCUGAGGGUCCUGUUUGAGUAUGAGGAGAGCUUGACAAGGGGAGAGGAGGAAGACUGGGAAAAGCGAGAAAGAUGGCCUCGCCUCGCCUCCCCUACUCUCCUCUCCCCUAAAACGUACCAAAAAAGAGACAAGGAUGUCAUCGGGUUGCACGAAGACAUCAAGUGGUUGGUACGAAGACAUCAAGCGGUUGGUACGAAGACAUCAAGCGGUUGGUACGAAGACAUCAAGCGGUUGGUACGAAGAUAUCAAGCGGUUGGUACGAAGAUAUCAAGCGGUUGGUACGAAGACAUCAAGCGGUUGGUACGAAGACAUCACGGCACUGAACCAAGUGGUUGGUACGACUCUGAAGACAUCAAGUGGUUGGAAGCCAACGACAGAUGGGUCGAGGGGGAAAGGCCCUGGCGCAAGGCAAUGGGCGAGGUAGGCGAGGACAGACGCGACGAGAAUGCGAACGGAGGGAGAAAGGAGGAAGUGAGCCGUCGAGCAGUCAGGCUGAGCGUGCGGGUGGAGCAGAAGCAGGAGGAGGAGGAGGAGGAAGGAGAGGCGCAGAAUGCAAACGAGAGCUCUCCGAUUUCACCAUGGAAGUUGCGGUGGAAUGCGGCUAUCCGUUCGCUGGAGAGGAGAGCGAGUCGUGUGAGGAGCGUGAAGCAACUGAGUCACAAGACUCGCUGCACUCCUGAGCGGCAGGACGGCGCUGAAGUUGUUGCUGGAGUCGCACAGGCCGGAGUUCAUGCAGAGACAAGCCCUCCCCGCUCAAGUAGUGCUCCUCCUUCGAAGGAGGCAGAGCGAAAGGACGAGCUGCGGGAGAAGAAGAAGAAAAAGCCGCGGACAAAAAGCAUCUCCCCAAGGAAAACAAAGAACAGAGCUGAACUGCUCUCUUCAAGGGAAAAGGGAAAGCAGUAUCAUAGCAAGGCAGAGAAGCAGAAACACUUGAAGGCUCUCACCUCGCCGCUGGGAGCCGCAGAGCACUGCCUGGGGCGGGCCCGGCUCAGUCGGCCCAUGCGUACUAGAAGAGCAGAUGCGUACCUAUAG